AUGAUAUUCUUCAAUGGUCAGGAGAAAUAUAAUGUUGCAAGGAAUUUGUGGGAUUUAUUUGCUAAUAACAAAUUAGCAAGAGAAUUAUGGAUUAGUGAUUACCAGUUAGUGAAUGUCCAUGAAAUUCCUGAUGAAGAGUUUAAACAAAGGAUAUGGUCAGGGCUAUUAGAAUUUUUUCUCAAGCAUAUACAUGAGAGGGAAUUAUUAAAAAGAUGGCAAGAAAUAUCAGAUAUAUUACCGGAAUUAACUAAAAUAACGAUAGGUUAUGAUUAUCUAGAAAUGAUAUUAUAUUAUACAUUGACGAAGAUAGAGCAAGAUGAUAAAAUAAAACUAGAGAAUUUUUUAUCAACAAAGUUGAAUCCAGAAAUAGGAACAAGGCUUAUGAGAAGUUUAGCAGAGCAUUGGCAACAAGAAGGAAAAGAAUUAGGUAUUCUUGAAGGCUUACAAGUUGGUGAAGCUCAAGGUAUCCAAAUUGGGAAAGCUGAAGGAAAAGCUGAAGGGGAAUAUAAUAAAGCAGUAGAGGUAGCAAAGAAAAUGUUAGUUCAAGGUUGCAAUAUUGCUUUAAUUUCUAGUGUAACCGGUCUUUAUGAAGCUUUUAUUAGUUCUUUAGAGUAA